AUGGAUGAAGAGCGUUACAAGAAAGUAAUCAAGGCAUGUUGCCUUGACAUCGAUCUACAGAAUUUUGGUGAAGUUGGCGAUUUAUUGAUGAUUGGUGAUAAAGGUGUCAAUUUGAGUGGAGGACAAAAAGCUCGAAUAUCCCUUGCUCGUUGUCUUUACGCUGAUGCUGACUUAUAUUUACUUGAUGAUCCAUUUGCUGCUGUUGAUCCAAAGGUGGCAAAGAAAAUAUUUGAUCAAUGCAUUGGCCCUCGUAGUCUUCUUCGUGGAAAGACUCGCAUAUUGGUUACACAUCAGACGCAUUUCUUAGUUGAAGCAGAUCAAAUGAUGGCCUUGACGGAUGGUCACAUCGAUGAAUUACAUAUUGAACAACGGUCUACAACUGAGCCCUCGAAUGAUACAUCAGAAGCAGAUUCAUAUAAUGACAAGCAGAUGGAUUGGACACUAAACACUGCUACAACUGAUAUGAAUUCAAUUGUAAAGAAUGAGAUAUCAUUUGACGGUGCCAUCAAAUGGAGUGUUUGGCUAACACUGUUUACUUCACCACCUUUACGUUGGUUUGGUUUUCUUCUUUUGAUAUUUUUUAUGCUUGGCAAUGAAGCUCUGUACGACUUUACAAAUAGUUGGCUUGCUCUGUGGUCUAGUAAAGAUAAAACUGAACAACGAUCAUCAUUUUAUGCUCACAUUUAUCUUGGAGUUAUAAUUGCUACAUUGUUCAUUGCAUUAAUACGAGUUGGCUUUAGCUUCUAUAUCAUGUUGCGUGGUUCAACUUAUCUUCACAAUAGAAUGCUUAAAGGUAUCUUGUAUACUUCGUUACGUUUCUUCGAAAGUAAUCCAAGUGGACGAAUAUUGAAUCGAGCAAGCAAAGAUCAGCAAGUGUUAGAUGAAUCGUUACCUCUGACUUUAAUUGAUACUAUUCAAUAUUUACUAAUGACUCUAGGUUCUAUCAUAAUUAUUGGAAUGAACAACCCAUGGGUACUUCUAAUUCUCAUUCUUUUAGUUCCCACAGUUUUGUGGCUUCGUAGGUUUUACAUGCGUUCGAGUCGUCAACUCAAACGGCUCGAAAGUGUAACACGUAGUCCAAUUUAUUCACUGUUCUCCUCGUCAUUAGACGGACUCACCAGUAUUCGUGCGUUUGACGUUCAAUGCGAUUUUUUGAAUAUGUUCAUCGAUAGAAUCGAUACUAAUUCACGAGCUUACUUCAUUCUCUUUACCGCUGCGCGUUGGUUCGGUUUACGACUCGAUCUUAUAACAUCCUUACUCACUUUGGUUACUGCUAUUCUUGCAGUAGCAUUGCGCCAUCAAAUGGAUCCAUCAGCAGCAGCUCUCAGUAUUAGUUAUUGUAUUAGUUUAACAGGUCUAUUUCAAUGGGCUAUACGACAAUCAGCCGAAGCUGAAAAUUUCAUGACCAGCGCAGAACGUAUUCAUGAAUAUGGUCAACUAGUACCAGAAAGCCAUUCGAACAGUAAUAAAAGUGAUGUCCUUAUUCAACCAGCAGAUGAUUGGCCUUCUCGUGGUAUUAUCGAAUUUAAAGAUUACACUUUUCGCUAUCGACCAGAGCUCGAUCCUGUUCUAAAAAAUCUUAACCUACGAAUUGAAUCUAAAGAAAAGAUUGGAAUUAUCGGUCGGACAGGUGCCGGAAAAUCAUCACUUCUUCAAGCUCUCUUUCGACUUGUUGAUCAGUCAGCAAUCAACGGAACCAUUCUUAUCGACGACAUCGAUAUUGGACGUCUUUCACUCGAUUAUCUUCGUUCUCAUCUAAGUGUUAUUCCACAAGUACCCAUACUCUUCUGUGGUACACUUCGAUACAAUAUUGAUCCGUUUCAGCGAUACUCAGAUGAAGAAUGUGUUGCAGCACUUGAAGCUGUUCAACUCAAACAAUUGGUGCGUAGCCACCCCGAUGGACUCCAUCUGCUGGUAGCUGAGUCUGGUGCUAAUUUGAGUGCUGGUGAACGCCAAUUGAUUUGUGUAGCUCGAGCCAUUCUAAAGAGGAGCCAUAUAUUGCUGAUUGAUGAGGCUACAGCAAAUGUUGAUCAUGCCACCGACAGAAUGAUUCAAGAGGUGAUUGCUGACAAGUUUGGUGAUCGCACUAUAUUAACGAUUGCACAUCGAUUGAAUACAGUGGCUAAUAGUGAUCGCAUUCUUAUGUUACAACAGGGAGAAGUUGCCUACUUCGAUGUGCCUAAUAAUAUUAAUCUAACUUAA